AUGUUGGGCGGUUCUUCCGAAGUCGAUUUUAUCGGCGGACGCCGCAUCACACGAGUCCGCCAACUGUCAGAGGGUGGAUUCGCUUUCGUGUAUCUCGCGCAGGAUCAUGACAGGAAACAAUCAUAUUAUGCGCUGAAGGUGAUGCGAUGCGACGGUCCUGAACACCAAAGAGUAGCACUGGCUGAGAUCGAUUUCUUUCGGCGGAUACCACAGGGAUGCGAGAACCUGAUCACCUGUUUUGGUCGCGAUAAUUCGAAUUAUGGCACAGUCAAAUUGCUAGGAAAGGAGAAAUAACGAAGCAGUGGAUGCUGCUCAAAAGGAUCAUCCUGGUCCUUCCUUCUUCUAAUCCCUCCCUCGCGAAGUCAAGCUGCUGCUGGAGCUGUGUGAUCGUGGACAUCUACUCUCGUUUUUAGAACGCUUUGCAGGAUGCCAGAUGCCUGAUGAGCAUGCUCAGCGAUGCGGAUUGCAAAUAGCGAAAGGGCUGGUUUUUAUGCAUGCUCAGGGGAUUCAGCACCGGGAUCUAAAAAUCGAAAAUAUCCUGCUGGCUGGCCCACAUGAUACUUUGAAGGUAAGUACUACCAAGGCUGGAUUUUUGAGAUCUGUUGGCAGAUUGGUUGGGGAUACUUUGAAGGUACAACCAGGAGAAUGUUUGUACACACAUGGAAGGUCUAAGUGAUACCAUACUACAGGAUACGUUUUUCAUCUUGUCCAAAGCACCUCUACUGCGUCUGAGCAGUAGUUAGGAUCUGGCGUGAACUGAACCCAAAUCUACUAAACCCAAAAACGAAACACUACAGCUCUGCGAUUUUGGUUCUGUCAGUAGCGAGGAAAUCAGCGAUGCUCGUUCUCUGGAUGGCCGUUCCUUCUCAGAGCUGGAGGAGGUCGUGCAGAGAACCACGACUCUGAUUUAUCGUUAAGGCUCGCAGUCAAUGAAUGGUAGUGAGGAAUGGUAGUGAGGAAUGCAAUUCGGAAACCCUUAACAAUACGUGCACCCUCAUCCCACCACCUGGAAGAAGCUCCGCACGGCUCAUCUCUCCCUGUUUCCUUCUUAGGAAUUGAGAAGAUGCGCGUGGGUGUGGGAUAUGAAUUAAUGUGAGCGCUAAUAUCCUCCACCAGAACUAGUGGACUUGCAUUCGGGCUUGCCUAUCAGUGUCCAGAUAGACCAGUGGGAUCUGGGAUGUGUGCUUUUCACGCUAGCGUACGGCAAGCACCCGUUUCAAGACGAGAGCAGUCUGGCGAUAACGAAUUGCAAGUAUCGAUGGUAUGGCGCGGGACGUCAUUGAGGAUUCUUAGAGAAGAUGAAGAUCUGAAAGAAGUAACAGAUACCCUAGUUAGUAGAUAUACUACUGUGUAGUACAACGUAGAUCUUCGGAGUUUCCUGCUGUACAGCCACUACAAUUGUGAAUCGUUAUCCAACAUUUCUAACACCCGCCCAGUACAACGAAAGUGGGUGAAUGCUUUGAGUGUCUCGUACAUUGGCUACUGGCUUGGCACCCGUCUGAACGGCCGAGUAGUGACCACGUAGUAGAGAUACUGUCUUAAGGCUCAAUAUAUUUCAUUUCCACGACUCAUUUCUCGCAGUUUUCCUCUUGAAAUUCUGAAGAAAUGAAGGGAAGAAAUGAAAUGUUUUGAGCUCUAACUGUCAGAUCAAAGUCAGGAGUCCUCUUCCUCUUUUGGAGCCUUACCCUUACCAGAAUCUGUGACCGCACGUCUACAGAAACAAGCUAAACUCUACGGUGCGCGGAUUCCGAAAGUAGUCUCCGAAAUGUCGAAGCAAGGAAGCACUGCUGAGGGCAAUAAGAUCACACAAGAUAGGCAGAAGACAGGGUCCUCUUCGAGAGCGGCUGCGAAAACAGGCAGCACACAAGAGAAUCAACAGUCAGCAGAAGCUUUACGUCAGCAAGAGGAAUGGCGAGCGCGGCGACGAGGAAACAAGCCUGCUACGACGCCUGCUGGUGCUGGGGGAAACAACUCGGUUUUGGAGGAGUCGGCUACAUCAGUUGGCGGUAGUGCAGCGAGUCCCGCUAUGGACGUGCCUGGUUUUGAUUUCUCAC